AUGUCUGAAAUUCAAGGUUAUGAAUAUGAUUUUGACAAAUCUUAUGUGGACUAUGAACUUUCAGAUGACAGCAUCAAUCUGGUUCCACCUGAACUUAUAGCAGUAGAUGAUGACUUAUCAGUAAUUGAAGAGGGCAAAGAUCUUGUAUCUGAAAAUGGUAGUUUGGAUAACGAAUCUGAAGAUAGUCUUCUAAAAGAAAUUUAUGUUGGACAGACAUUUGUCUCGUUUGACAUGCUCGAACAAUGUCUAAAACGUUAUUCAACUAGAAUAGGAUUUGAAACGAAAAUAGUGCGAGCUGAAAAGGAGAAUAAUAUUUUCAUUCGUAAGACAUAUAAAUGUAGACAUAGUGGAAAAUACUUACCUAAGAAAAAAUUAGACCCUAUGCAAAAUCAAGAUCGAGAAUCUGGUCAUAUUGAGUGUGAAUUUACUAUGAAUGCUUCAUAUCAGAAACAUAUGAAUCUUGUCUUCGUUAAUAAAUUCACUGAGGAUCAUAAUCACGUAUUAAAUAAAGAAGAAUUACAUUUGCAAUUUUCACUGUCCUUGCGUAAGGUGCCUGACAAUAUUAAAGAAGAGUUCCGGUUUUAUGUUCAGGAAUGUCAAUUAGGGGCAACUGUCUUAAAACGAAUAUUGCAAAAUAAAUUUCCUGAUCAAGAAAUUUACAAUCGAGAUCUUUACAAUAUGAUUUGCAAAUACAGAGCUGAAGCUCAGAUUAAAAACGAUGCCUCAACUUUAUAUGAAUAUCUUUCAAAAGUGCAACAAGAAAAUCCUGACUGGUACUUUAAGAGAUGCUUAUGGGCUCGGUUUUAUGAUGUCAUUAUUAAUGACAACACAUGCAAAAUGAACAAAUAUAUGAUGCCUUUAAGCAUUUUUAUUGUAAUUGAUUCAAAUAACAGAAGUCGUAUUGCAGCCACAGCUGUAGUUUCUGAUGAGACAGUGUCGACUUACAAAUGGAUCUUAAAACAAACUAAAUUAGCCACUAAUGGUCUUCAACCAACAAUAAUUUUUACAGAUGCUGAUCCAGCGAUGCAAGUAGCUAUAACAAAUGAGUAUCCUGAAGCUAUUGUUAGGCAUUUAUCUGAUUUUGAUCGUCGUUGGAUGGAGUUAAUGAAUAAUUAUUCAGAGGUUCAAAGUUAUUGUGAUCGUGUUUUAUAUUCAACUAAAGAAUUUGCAAACUCAGGAAGUUCUUUAUGCCAACUUCAGGCUGGAAUCGACUUGCGACUUAAGGAUGAGAUCAAGUAUGCAAAGUUACAAGAAUUUAGGAAUAUGAAUCCCACUACUGGACUUCCGCAUGUUUUCAAUACAAUUUUUAAGAAAAUUAAUGAUAUGUGUGUAAAAUAUCUUACACCAAAUUCGUUAGCUUUACAACGAAAACAAAUUUUAGAAAGCCUUCUAUAUAGGUCUUUACUACAUAAUAAUGAGCUUAAUGUUAGUGCUAGUCAGCAAUUGGAUCAUAAAGUGGGAUUUAUCGAAGAUGAUUAUGAGGAGCCACAGAUCUUAUUAAAUAUGGCUUUAGAGGAUUGUUCUGAUAGUUUAAUACCUUUUCGUUGGUAUUCUGAAGAAGGUAUUGCUUUAUUUGAUAAAGAUCAGGAAUUAACUAUCCAGCUAGUACAAAGUAAAAGUAAAUCACUUCCAACUGUAACAUUUGAAACAUUAAAAAGAAUUUGUGGUCAAGAAGUUAAUAGUAAAAUUGCCGUAGAAUCAGAUUCAAAAAAAGUUUCUUAUAGUUGUGGACUCGGAAUUUGUAAAAAAGCAUUAAAUAUCGCGAUUAUGAAUAAUACCAAUAAGGUUUUAGAGGACCUACUGCAACAUUUUAUUAAUGAACAGGUUUUAGCACAAAGUAGUAGUACUGCUUCAAACUUAUCUGAACAAGGCAUAGGUUAA